UCGUGCGCAGUCAAUUUAUCGUGUAAUAGGUAAUAGAGAAGAUGAAUCGUUGGCGUGGAAAGAUUGCGAUCGUGACAGGGGCUAGCAGUGGUAUCGGUGCCGAGAUAGCCAAGCUUUUGGUGAAAAAUGGCGUUAAUGUGGUCGGUGUUGCCAGAAAUAUGGAAAGAUUGGAGAAAAUUGGCGAGGAGAUCGGAAGGGACAAGUUUUUCCCGAUUAAAUGCGACAUCACGAAGGAGGAAGAUAUCUUGAACGUGUUCGAGUGGGUCGAAAAGAAUUAGGGUAUCGAUAUUUUGGUGAACAACGCUGCUAUCUUUCACACUGGUUUUUUCAUUGAUCAGAAGACCGAGGAAUAUCGUAAUAUAUUAGAUACAAAUUUAUUAGCUCCCGCGAUAUUCUCACGAGAAGCUGUAUUGUCUAUGAAAAAACGGAACACCCAAAGUCACAUAAUCAACAUUUCUAGCAUUGCCGGAUCUCAUCUCGACGCUAUAUUUAUGCCACUCGGUUUGUAUGGGCCGAGUAAAAGCGGUAUACACAGCUUAAGCACAGAGCUUCGACACGAAAUCAUUCAGAAUAAAUUGAAUAUCAAAAUCACGAAUAUUGUCCCAGGACUCGUGAUGACAAAUAUGACAAGCGACGUAAUCAAAGAAAGAGAGAAGCAAAAUAUUCGCACAUAUUCGUUGGAAGCUAUAGAUAUUGCUGAAGCAGUAAUUUACGUGCUAGGAACACCGGAAAGAGUGGAAAUUCCACAAAUUACUUUACUACCGCAUAAGAGUCCAUUUGUUCUUACAAUAAAAAAGAUAUAUUACAAUAGAGGUUAGAAUUC